GCGCUUCUUCGAUCUGACGGUCACCGACCUCCCCUUCUUCCUCACUCUCGAGCCGACUGAUCGUUCCCCGGCGUCUCGUCGCCACCGUUCCUCUGCACAUUUCGAUGUGAUGGAGACAAGCUAUGACUUCAUUCUCGGUACUCCGUGGUCUCGUCGGUUCCACAACACCGAGGCCGAUUGGGCGACCAACACUCUCGUUCUCAAAACGAAGUGUGGACAGACGUAUCGCGUACCUUUCAUAGGUACCACUGCGACACCAUGCCCCGAUCCUCCUCCCCCGGAGCCUUCAGUGCCCACACCAUCUCCCUCUAUCACUGUCACCUCGCCUCGACAAUUCGCUCACUUCAUUCGACAGGACGACGUCAUCUUCUUUAUGGUGGACGUGACGGAUCUCUUACACUAUGAUCCACCCUGUCUCGACGCCGAGCUCAUCCCUCUGGAGCCAGAUCCUCCCUCUAUCUCCAUGACUCCCAUCUCUACUUCCGUCCCUCCGCCGUCCGUCGAGUCCACCCCGUCGUCGCUCGCUGACGCUGACGCUGAGGAACUCGCACGAUACACGGCUGACCUGGAGCCCGCAGUUCGUGACCUCAUCCGAGAGUACCACGACCUUUUCCCAUCGUCGUUCUCGUACGUCGGCAUCCCACCGAUGCGUGACGUCGAGCACUCCAUUCAGCUUGUGCCUGACUAUCGUGUUCACCACCAGGCACCCUACAAACUCUCGAUCCCCGUGGCCACCGAACUCAAGCGUCAGCUUGAGGAACUCCUGAGACAGGGUUUCAUUAAACCCAACAACUCCCCGUGGGGUGCACCCGUCCUCUUUGCUCGCAAAGCAGAUGGAACUCUCCGUCUCUGCAUCGACUAUCGUGGUCUCAACCGCUACACGGUUAAGAACAGCUACCCCAUGCCUCGUUCCGAUGAGUUGUUCGACCGCCUAGCAGGCAACCGCUUCUUUACGAAGAUUGAUCUUCGUAGCGGUUACCAUCAGAUCCGCGUCGCUGCAGCCGACCAGCCGAAGACCGCGUUCCGAUCGCGAUUCGGCCACUACGAGGACAUCCUGGAGCAGUACGUUCUCGUCUACCUCGACGAUAUCCUGGUCUACAGUCGUACCCUUGAGGAGCACCUCAGACACCUCCGCGACGUCCUUGACCGCUUGCGCAGACAUGGCUUCUACGCCAAGCUGAGCAAGUGUCGCUUUGCCCAGCACAAAGUGGAUUUCUUAGGACACUACGUGUCUGACCAGGGUCUCCACAUGGAUGACACGAAGAUCACUGCUAUUGCGGAGUGGCCCGCCCCCACAUCCGCCAAGCAACUUUGCAGCUUCCUAGGCCUGACCAGCUACUAUAGUGAUUGUCCCAAAGCCUUCUACUCCCGUCAGCUCUUGCCCGCCGAGAUAAACUACACUGUUGAUGAACGUGAGGUUCUCGCAGUAGUUUAUGCCGCUCGGCACUGGCGUCACUACCUGCAUGGGGCACCAUUUACGGUGCGCAUGGACGACUCAGUUGUCCAGGCUUUUCUGACAAAGCCGAAGCUCACUCCUCGACAGGCUCGCUGGUGGCGCGACCUAUCCGAGUUUAGUUUCACCACUGAGCACAUCAAGGGUGAGACUAAUCGGGUCGCAGAUGCCUUAUCCUGGCGCCCUGACCACGACCAGGAGCACAUCCAGCUCUCUUCCAUCUCGGGCACCGCUAUCCACCACUCGGUGAUCGACGAGUUUCGCACUCAGUACCGCCACUGCCCCGACUAUCGCGACAUCCACGCGACCCUUCGAAGCAGCAAGACCGUCCCGAACUACUCUCUCGGGCACAACGGUCUUGUGUACUGGCACGGUUCACAGGGCACCAGAGAACCCCGUAUUUGCGUUCCCUCCACUGGACAGCUACGUGUCCGAGCAGUAGCAGAGUUCCAUGACCAGGCAGCCGCUGGUCAUAUGGGCUUCCACAAGACGUUGGCUCGUGUGAGCCGCCUGUAUGUCUGGCCGAAGCGCAAGGACUUUGUGAAGGACUAUGUCGCAGAGUGUCCCACCUGUCAGGAGGUGAACAGUGCGAACCACCUGCCUUAUGGUUUGCUCCAGCCUCUUCCUAUCCCUGAGGGUCGUUGGCAGUCCAUCUCGAUGGGCUUUAUCGGUCCUCUUUGUCCUCCGACCCCUCGCGGUCAUGAUGCUAUCCUGGUCGUUGUCGACCGCUUCACGAAGCGUGCACACUUUGUUCCGUGCCGCUAUGCCAUCAGUGCACGUGAGGUCGUCGACAUCGUGUUUGACCGAGUCGUGCGUGACCAUGGCUUACCUCUGAGCAUCAUAUCUGACCGUGACCCGCGCUUUACCAGCCGAUUCUGGCGACGACUCCAGGAGGUAUACGACACUCAACUCCGUUUCUCCUCGUCUUACCAUCCUCAGACUGAUGGUUAGACCGAGAUCACGAACAGGACUCUCGGAGAUAUUCUUCGAAAGAUUGUUCGUGACGACCAGUAGUGGGAUCUUCAUCUUGCCCACGCGG